CUGUGCAAUGUGCCCGUAAUUGAUAUUUUUCUUUCACUUGACUGAAAUACUUUAACUGCGCUGGUCGCAGUUUCUGGAUAAAAGAGUAAAUUUAUCUGCUGGUCAGAAAAUGAUUGCCGGGAAAAUAAUAACUUGCUCAGCAACACUGUUUGCCGUUUUCUCCGCUGUGGUCACACAGUCCUUGGGACCCCCGACUGGUGGAAUCUGUGCAAAUAUUACUGGACUGCCCUGUCCUGUAGACUGUCAUUGCUACAAAGACAAAGCGUCAGAUGAUUGCUUCGCUUAUGACCAGUUUGGGAAUUCCCUACCAUGUCCACAAAUAGACUCUAAUAUUACAUUGGCCACCGCACGGAAUGAAACGUCAGACGCUAAAGUAUUUGAAGCGUCAUCUGUGAUGGGAACUUGUAGCAAGUUUGCCAAAUAUUUGAGUAUCUGGUCGGGACUUACAGCAGAGGUCAAACAGAAGAUAAUAAACUUCCUCUCUAAUCCUAGUGAUCCAAGCAUCACUUACGAAGACGUUGCCAAAAUGCCACUCGAAGCCUUUGCUGCCGCAAACAGAAGUAUGUGGAGCGAAAUCUUAUCCAAGGCAACAGAGAAACAGAAGUUGGAAAUUCAGUCGAAGCUUAUGAAGACCAAUGACUGUGAAACUAAAAGCAGGCUAAAAGGACUCAACACCACAACUGGUGGUUCCUGUGCAAACGUCACUGGACUGCCCUGCUCUGUGGAAUGUCAUUGCUACAAAGACAAAGCGCCAGGUGAUUGCUUCGCUUAUGACCAGUUUGGGUACUCCCUACCAUGUCCACAAAUAGACUCUAAUAUUACAUUGGCUACCGCACGGAAUGAAACAUCGGACGCUAAAGUAUUUGAAGCGUCAUCUGUGAUGGGAACUUGUAGCAAGUUUGCCAAAUAUUUGAGUGUCUGGUCGGGACUUACAGCAGAGGUCAAACAGAAGAUAAUAGACUUCCUCUCCAAUCCUAGUGAUCCAAGCAUCACUUACCAAGACGUUGCCAAAAUGCCAAUCGAAGCCUUUGCUGCCGCAAACAGAAGUAUGUGGAGCGAAAUCUUAUCCAAGGCAACAGAGAAACAGAAGUUGGAAAUUCAGUCGAAGCUUAUGAAGACCAAUGACUGUGAAACUAAAAGCAGGCUAAAAGGACUCAACACCACAACUGGUGGUUCCUGUGCAAACGUCACUGGACUGCCCUGCUCUGUGGAAUGUCAUUGCUACAAAGACAAAGCGCCAGGUGAUUGCUUCGCUUAUGACCAGUUUGGGUAUUCCCUACCAUGUCCACAAAUAGACUCUAAUAUUACAUUGGCUACCGCACGGAAUGAAACAUCGGACGCUAAAGUAUUUGAAGCGUCAUCUGUGAUGGGAACUUGUAGCAAGUUUGCCAAAUAUUUGAGUGUCUGGUCGGGACUUACAGCAGAGGUCAAACAGAAGAUAAUAGACUUCCUCUCCAAUCCAAGUGAUCCAAGCAUCACUUACCAAGACGUUGCCAAAAUGCCAAUCGAAGCCUUUGCUGUCGCAAACAGAAGUAUGUGGAGCGAAAUCUUAUCCAAGGCAACAGAGAAACAGAAGUUGGAAAUUCAGUCGAAGCUUGUAAAGAUCGAUGACUGUGAAACUAAAAGCAAGCUAAAAGGACUCAACAUCACAACUGGUGGUUCCUGUGCAAACGUUACUGGAUUGCCCUGUCUUGAAGAAUGCCCUUGCUACAAAGACAAAAAGCCAGAUGAUUGCUUCGCUUAUGACCAGUUUGGGUAUCCUCUACCAUGUCCACAAAUAGAUUCUGAUAUUACAUUGGCCACCGCACGGAAUGAAACGUCUGACGCUAAAGUAUUUGAAGCGUCCUCUGUGAUGGGAACUUGUAGCAAGUUUGCCAAAUAUUUGAGUGUCUGGUCGGGACUUACAGCAGAGGUCAAACAGAAGAUAAUAGACUUCCUCUCCAAUCCUAGUGAUCCAAACAUCACUUACCAAGACGUUGCCAAAAUGCCAAUCGAAGCCUUUGCUGCCGCAAACAAAACUAUGUGGCAUGAAAUACUAUCCAAGGCAACAGACAGACAGAAGUUAGAAAUUCAGUUAAAGAUUAUGAAGACCCAUGACUGUGAACUUCAAAGCAUGCUGAAAGGCCUGAACUUCACACAACUCUACAAGAGUAGUGAAACAAAGGGCGAAGUAGAUUCCUCUAUCUUCGAACUAGAGGUCUGCAAUUAUCUUCUACGUAACUGCUCAUCUCCUGAUAUCUGGCAAUUCAUAAACACCACUGCGACUGUCUGUCUUGCGUAUAUUUCACAAAGCAACUGUAGAGACUACAUGGUGAGUUUACCAACUGGAAGUAUGCCUACCCUAAGUGGAUACAGAUCAAGCCCAAUGCCCAGUGGAAGUCCAACAAUGCCAAGUAGAACUGGAUCCUUUUCUUCACCAACCGGAAGUAUGCCUACCCUAAGUGGACACAGGUCAAGCCCCAUGCCCAGUGGAAGUCCAACCAUGCCAAGUAGAACUGGAUCCUUUUCUUCACCAACCGGAAGUAUGCCUACCUUAAGUGGUCACAGGUCAAGCCCCAUGCCCAGUGGAAGUUCAACAAUGCCAAAUAGAACUGGAUCCUUUUCUUCACCAACCGGAAGUAUGCCUACCCUAAGUGGUCACAGGUCAAGUCCCAUGCCCAGUGGAAGUCCAACCAUGCCAAGUAGAACUGGAUCCUUUUCUUCACCAACCGGAAGUAUGCCUACCUUAAGUGGUCAAAGGUCAAGCCCCAUGCCCAGUGGAAGUCCAACCAUGCCAAGUAGAACUGGAUCCUUUUCUUCACCAACCGGAAGUAUGCCUACCUUAAGUGGUCACAGGUCAAACCCCAUGCCCAGUGGAAGUUCAACAAUGCCAAGUAGAACUGGAUCCUUCUCUUCACCAACCGGAAGUAUGCCUACCUUAAGUGGUCACAGGUCAAGCCCCAUGCCCAGUGGAAGUUCAACAAUGCCAAGUAGAACUGGAUCCUUCUCUUCACCAACCGGAAGUAUGCCUACCUUAAGUGGUCACAGGUCAAGCCCCAUGCCCAGUGGAAGUUCAACCAUGCCAAGUAGAAUUGGAUCCUUUUCUUCACCAACCGGAAGUAUGCCUACCUUAAGUGGUCACAGGUCAAGCCCCAUGUCCAGUGGAAGUCCAACCAUGCCAAGUCGAACUGGAUCCUUUUCUUCACCAACCGGAAGUAUGCCUACCUUAAGUGGUCACAGGUCAAGCCCCAUGUCCAGUGGAAGUCCAACAAUGCCCAGCGGAACAAGACCCAUUUCUUUGUCAACUGGAAAUACACCAACUGUAAUGCCGAGCGGAGUUAGGUCUAGCUCCAUGGUAAGCGUAAGUGUUUCUCGGUCCAUGCCUAUCAGCAUGACGUCAGACGUUCGACGUUUACCAACUACGGCCAGUUCACCUACUAGUGAGAACCCGCCUGUAGGAUAUGCUCCUGCAUCCUUCAGUGGAUGUGAUGCCGGGGUGGAGGGUAUCAGAUGUCCCCAGAAUUGUUCCACAUGUUACAAUGACAAGCUGACUACAGACUGCUAUUCCUAUGACAAAUAUGGGAACUUUCUGGGUUGUCGAAGCUUUGCUGGAAAUGCCACGAUGAUGAAAGCCCUGAAUGACACAACAGCAGCUGCUAUAUUCGACGCAACCGCUGAAAUUGGAACAUGUUCGAGACUGGCAAAGUACCUAAGAAAAUGGAUUAGUAUGGAUAACAGCACCAAGGAGAAGUCCAAGCAAUUCUUAACUAACCCGACAUCAGUAUCUGAUGACGAAGUGGAACGUCUUCCUGUGGAGGUUUUCGCUGUUUCCAAUAUGACUUUACUUGCUAACGUAGCACAACACGGCUCCACCAAACAAAAGUUGUAUUUGGCUAAAGCAGCGACUCUCACCAGGAGCUGUCUAAUCCAAGACCAUAUGAAGGCAUUCAACCUCGAACAAGAGUUCAAGGAUGCAAGACAAUCAGGAGCAGUGGACGCGGCCUACUUCGAUGAAUCUGUGUGUAAAGCGUAUAUGGCAGGGCAGUGUGAUGUACCAAUGAGUAAAUGGCAGUUCGUGAUAGACAAUGCACAAGACUGUCUGCUGGAUAAAGCUGUAUGUCUCAAGGACGUCACCGAUGCCACCCUGGACACCUUGCUAUCGGCCGAGUCCAUUAAACAAUUGUGCAGCAAACCAAACAUUGACGAUAUUUCGAAAGAUCUAUUCCGAAACCGCUUAAACUCCUAUCUGAGCAGCAAGACUGCAUAUGCCUGCGAUCGGGAUUUCUUCAGUGUGGUCAGGAAUUGUAGUCUGGCACCAAAGUUCGUUACAAAGUUCUGUAACCAAUCAAGAAUUGCAGAAUUUACACCGACAGGCGAACAAUCUCAAGACUGGAAUAUUUUGAAAACCGAGGCUCUGGCCGAUCUGAACGUAGAUUACUCCGCUAUGGACAAGAGUACGCUGUCCACAUAUUUACCAGUCUCCAAGUCCACGAUGAAAUCCAUGAACGGCGCGACAUUAACGAAAGUCAAAGAGCUGAUAUGCACAGACAAUGUGAUGUCCGGAGACAGAUUUGACGAAGAACAGACAAGUGAUGUCAUGGAUAUAUUGAGAGAAAAGGGAGUACUCGACCAAACGGCAGACAGGGAUUGUUUCCUGAAGUACGACCCCUCUGUGGUCGCCGACGCGUUGACAGAUGAUGACCUGAUAGCAGAGAUAUCCAAAGGCACUGUCAACGCCACCAAACUUACCUCAACUCAGAGUUUCAAAGCUAUGGAACACAUAAGGUCGAACCUGACAACGGACGCACAAGUAAAGGAUAAUGCCGUGUUGAUUGUCCGCAAUGGAGCAGACGUCCUUUCGUCGUUCAAAGGCCGGAUGUCCGAGGAUACAGUGUCGACGAUCCUGGAGACGUGCAAGAAUCUGGAGGCAGAGGAUAAAGUACCUCCCUCUGUUAAAUCGGCGGCCAUUAUUGCGAGUAUAGACACUUCUAAUCUCGCAAGAUCCUUAAAAACAAUAAUGUUGAAAUCGUCUAAAGAAAUGCUGGCAUUCGUUCCGGUGAAAACCAUUGAGGAUUUGCCACCUGCCCAGCUGCAAUCCUUCUGCGGGUCAGAGGCAAUGACAGCUGAUCUUCCUGAAAAGAUGAGUAAGAGUUUGAUGUCGAAAUGUCAGAAGAGUGGGACUCAACUGGACCCCACAACUGUGUCCAAUAUGCUACCAAUGGUUGGCGCUGCCCCCAAGACGUUUUUUGACACUGUUCCAAAUGAUAGCAACUGUUCAUCUGUCUUUUCCAAGAUCGUUGAAUCAAAGACGAUAACAGCUGAGAAGUAUGACUACGUCUGUAGCAAAUUGCAAACCUGUCUUUCCUCUUCCGGUGUGGAAAUGUCAGAUGCCUCCACGCUUUCCGGAAAUGCACUUGCUUGCUUCAGCAAAACAACGCUCAACAGUUUUCAAGGAAGCUGUGCAGAUAUCUCUGCAAAGAUGUGUUCUGCUGACUUCUCCCUGCUGGAUGGAAAGGACAGGAAAACCGAGAUCAAGGAAUACAUCACUGAAUGCCUUCAGGUUACGAGUGCUACCAUCACAGAAUCACAAAUAAACAGCAUGGGAGGCUGCGUGCAGCUGCUGGGCGAUACAGAAAUUUCUAAAAUGGACCAAUCAGCAACAGAGGCCGUAAUUAGUAGUCUCUCUGAUAGUGAAGAGGAUUUCACCUGCUGGGACACAAUGAAAAAAUAUGUCGACAGAUUUCGAGUAGUAAAAGGAAGUAGCACUUUGAAAAGUACAGAUAUUAUCACCAAACUCAAAGGCUGGACUGUUUGCCUGGAAAGCACAGAUUUCUCCGGUGUGACCGGGCUUUGUGACACUAUAUCUGCCAUUGGUAAAAGUCUAAAGAGGAGAAAGGUCAUAAAGAAAACUCUUAAAAAGGCUGGACUGUUUAAAGAAUGUAAAGAAGAACUUGAUGACAUCAAAACGGAAAUGAAGAAGUAUAUCAGCGCCGCCAUUCAAGACUGUAGCUCUGCCAGACGUAGGAAAAGAAGCACAGCCUCACUCACGUGCUCCCAGCUAACUGCCCUGGGAUCUUCCAUGCUUAGUUCUCUGACGACGUCACAGCUAUCAGGAAUCCAGGACUCAGAAUUCACCCAGUGUGCCAGCUUGCUGGGAACCCCCUCCGACUACAGCACCGAACAGAAACAAACUCUAGCUGAGGUCGCCAAAAGAACCGGAGUGUAUAGCACUCCAAGCACAUGGACCACCUCCACCAUACAAAGUCUGGGCUCUAUCCUCCAGGGUUUGACAUCAUCAGAGCUCAAUACGAUGCAGUUCACUUAUGACGACAUCGCACAGUUAGGUGCCUUCGACGGAUGGGAUGACUCUCAGAAAACCACAAUAUUUGGCAAAUGGAGCAAAUCAAGUGCCAUUUCUACCAUUACUUCAUCAGAGCUCCGGUCACUUGGUCACAUGACCUGCGCUAUGUCAACGAGUCAAAUCCAGCAGAUUACGACCUCAAUCUACGAGGAGUCUGCGGACAAGAUUGGUGAGGUGACGAGUUGCAGCGACACACAGAUGGUUGAGUUUGCGACCCAUGCCAAGUCCGUGUACGGUUCUACUGUAUACAACUGGACAAGCAUUCAAAUCACCAGCGUUGGAGCCCAUAUUGGAGGCUUAAGCAAGACCGAAAUUAUCACACUAACAGAGGCCCAAAUAGAUGAGAUACUGGCCUCUCACGUGACCAUCAUCCCGUCCUCAAUAUUCUCCGGUUUUAGUGCCACUCAGCUGGGGUCCUUUAGUGCCGCCCAAGCACAAGCUACGACCACCACUCAAAGAUCCACCCUCGAUUCUUCACAGCUGUCGGCGUUAGAGACUGCUGCAGGAACCACCUUCACCACCCCUAGUGGAGCGGACCGUAGCGUUCGGAUCACGUGGUUGGCCGUCACGCUGUCUGUGUUGUUGGCGAUGAUCCUCUAAAUGAAAAUAGCCCCAGUGAAUACCAGUGACUGAUAUCUGUGAUAUUUCUUGUUGAUCGUUGUUUUAAUACCAUCGUUUUAAUUGUUACUUAGUAUUCCAUAUUUUACUAACGUUACAUUGUUAGUGUUGUACGUACAAAUGUUUUCAGUUAUUUUCUAUAUGACGAAGCAAGUGUCGGUAUGAUAUCAAGUGGCUAAACUGCUGGCAGUUGUCAUAGGAAUGACUACUGGUUACCAAAGCUCGUUUGUUGGAAGAUAAAUAUCCAAGAAAUAUCCACCAAAAAGAAUCUCACAUUUGCGAUAUUGAUAUUAGAAUUUGUUGUUGCUUUUAUACAUCUUUUUUCUUAUUUUAUUUCAUUUCCCCCUUAUUUUUGUAUAUUUCCAUUGAUUACAAAUCAAUAUUAAAGAUUAAUCCUUGGUCUAUGAUUUUUAUAGCUGGUGAAGACUGAGAUAAUUCGACACAGCCUUUUUAUAAACAUUCUGGUUGUUGCAAUCGACUUGAAUAUUAUUGCAUAAACAAAAUAAAGCAAUUCGUACAAAGUAUGCAAAAUCUGUAAAUGUUAAAACAAUCUGCAGACUGUUUAAUAAAGUUACUUCUUUUCAUCAA